UUCACUGCAACUCUUUCCCCGCCGAGUCCUAAUGGCUCCGCCGCCCUCGCUUCUCCUCCCUCUCUUCCUCUUCCUCUUCCUCCUCCAUUUUGUCGGUUCUCCACCUCGGCGCUGCCCAGCCUCGCCAAACGCGCGUCCCUUUCCGUCGAGGACCCCGGCGACGUCCUCGUCUCCCCCUCCGGCGCCUUCUCCUCUGGCUUCUUCCCCGUCGGCGACAACGCCUACAGCUUCGCCGUCUGGUUUAGCGACCCCCCAUGCUCCGGCGCCGCCUGCACCCCCAUCUGGAUGGCCAACCGCGAGGCCCCUGUCAACGGCCGACGCUCUACAUUAUCCCUCCUCGACUCGGGCAACCUCGUCCUCACCGACGCCGGCGACGCCGGCGGCGAGGUCUGGUCUUCCGGCACCAGCUCCACCUCCGCCGCCGAGCUCCACCUCAGUGACACCGGGAACCUCUUCCUCACCAACGGCAGCGUCCUCUGGCAAAGUUUCGACUCGCCGACCGACACCCUCCUCCCUCAGCAGCCACUCACCAGAAACACGUUCCUGAUCUCUGCUCGGAGCCAAUACAACUACUUAACCGGGUUCUACAAGCUUUACUUCGACAACGACAAUGUCCUCCGCCUCCUCUUCGACGGCCCGUCGGUGGGCGCGUACUGGCCGUUCCCGUGGCUCCAAAGUGAUCAUUAUGACCGAUUCCUCUACAACAGCAGCCGCAUCGCUGUGCUCGACCCCCUCGGCCGCUUCCGGUCCUCCGACAACUACUCGUUCUACACCUCUGAUUAUGGCGUCGCGGCUACGCAGAGAAGGAUGACCCUCGACUUUGAUGGCAACUUGCGGGUCUACAGCCGCGAGCUGGGCUCAACUGUCUGGGCCGUGACGUGGGAAGUGCUCAGCAUGCCCUGCUUCAUCCCCGGCGUGUGCGGCAACAACAGCCUCUGCAGCUACAACCCGACCAAGGGUCGGAGCUGCUCCUGCGUGCCUGGGUACGUUCCCAAGGUCCCGGGCGACUGGUCGGCCGGUUGCGUGCCAGAUUUCACGUUCUCCGACGGGUGUGUCACCGACGAGAUCAGGUUCGUGAAGCUCCAGUACGUCGAUUUCUAUGGCCACGACUACAACGUCAUCUAUAACACCAGUCUCGCGAAGUGCCGGCAGACUUGCCUGAACCUGUGCAACUGCCGAGGAUUCCAGUACAGUGCGUCGGGCUCCGGCCGCAUGUCCGAUUGCUACCCCAAGAUCGAGCUCCUGAAUGGCCAGAACUUGUCCAGCUUCACCGGCGAGUUCUUCAUUAAGGUCCCCAAGAAUAAGACCUUCACCGUGGACCAGCUGGUGAAGAGCACUCAGUACACUUGCCCUCCCACCCCGAAGGUGAAGGUCUUGGACAGGACUUAUUCCAAGAAACUCAAAAACGGGCCGUUGAACUUCAUGCUCUGGUUUGCCUGCGUGGUGGGAGGGAUCGAGAUGGUGGUGGUGUUCUUGGUGUGGUUCUUCCUGAUCAAGAACCAGCAGGACGUCACUUCUGCGCAUCAGAGCCACCUCUAUGCCGCAACCGGGUUCAAGCAGUUCAACUACAACGAGCUCAAGAAGGCAACGAGGAAUUUCAGCAAGGAGAUCGGGAGAGGCGCAGGCGGGAUCGUGUACAAGGCCGUAUUGCCAGAUGAUCGGGUCGUCGCAGUGAAGGUGCUCAGCAAUGCCACAACUGGAGAGGCCGAUUUUCUGGCCGAGGCUAGCACGAUCGGCAGGGUGAACCACAUAAAUUUGAUCGGGAUGUGGGGUUACUGUGCCGAGGGAAAGCACAGGCUAUUGGUAUACGAGUUCAUGGAACGCGGAUCACUGGCACAGAACUUGUCGUCACCUGAGCUUCAUUGGAAGAGGCGGUUCGACAUCGCAGUGGGCGCCGCAAAGGGUUUAGCUUAUCUCCACGAGGAGUGCUUGGAGUGGAUUCUGCAUUGCGACGUGAAGCCUCAGAACAUACUCUUAGACUCCAACUACCAACCCAAAGUUGCGGAUUUUGGGCUUUCCAAGCUAAUGGACCGAAGGAAGGUGAGGAAUUCCACCUUCUCGAGAAUUAGAGGAACCCGAGGAUACAUGGCUCCCGAUUGGGUCUCAAAUCUGCCCAUCACGUCCAAGGUGGACGUCUAUAGCUACGGGAUCGUCAUGUUAGAGAUGGUGACUGGAAUUAGCCCGACGACAAGUGUUGAUUCAUUGGAGAGCAGAGGGGAUGCCAAGAAAAUCCAGCUCGUCCCGUGGGCGAGGAAUAAGAAGACGGGGUCCCAUCUGGAAGAGAUGGUGCAUCCUGCGCUCAGGGGCGAUUACAACUUGAAGCAAAUGGAAGUCUUGAUCGAGGUCGCGCUCAAGUGCGUGGAGGAAGAUAAAAACGCCAGACCCAACAUGAGCCAAGUGGUGGAAAUGCUUCUUAGGCAAGAGAAUGAUAGUUAGAUUAGGGUGCAAGUGAAGUGAGAUUGAUUUAGGUGCUAUUUCUUUGGUCACACAUGAUGGGCUUCUUAAAAUUUUUAAAUUUGCAAUGGCUUGGCAUUAUCUCACUCUUUGAAGUUAUGAAAUUUGUUGACACCUGAUUUUAGCUAGUUGGUCACAUAAUAAAAA